AUGACGUUGUCGACCUAUUCGGGUAAUUUGUCAUUGAGCAGUCCAAAAUUUGUUCGACCUAAUGGUGGCGGUGGCAUCUACUAUUAUGAAGCGAUCCAAAUGACGGUUUCCAUCAGUGGCAUAUAUAACUUUACAAGUAGCAGUUCAAUGGAUACUUUUGGGUGUUUGUACAAUAAUCCUAUUGAUCUAUCCUAUCCGUUGCAGAAUUUGAUCACAACCGAUGACGAUGGCAACGGUGGUCAACAAUUUCGAAUCACUUAUAACCUGCGAGCCGGAUACACAUAUGUUUUAAUUGUGACAACAUUCGAUACAGCUGUUAGAGGAAUUUUCUCAGUCACAGCUACUGGUCCAACACGACUUAAUCUCGUUUCAAUUAGGCCAAUAACUAGCAGGCCAAUAACUACUGGAUUGCCAUCACCAUCACGUAAGUGA